UACAAUUACUAAUUUACGACUGCUAAUUACCCCCGAAAUUCACUUCAACCCUUUCUUACGCGACACGAUCACAAUCCCAAUACAUUUACCAAGUUACCAGCCUGAUCCCCGUCAUUUUACUGACCCCAUACCCUUCUCCUGUAAGUUGCGUGCGCUCUAAGUCUAACUCUCUCUCUCUCUCUCUCGCUCUCCCUUCGCCAAGGAGUCAUUGACUUGCCUUUGAACCUCUCAUAUUCCAUCACUUCCCCAAGAAAAUUCAUUUCAAUAAAACCAAUCACCCAAUGAAAGCUGCCAACCGAGAAAAAGCCGAAGCCACCCAAACUAACGACGAAGACAAAGAAGAGCUCAAAUCAGUCCUCACUCUCCAACGUCAACAACUAAUGGAAGCCAAAGCGUUAGACUCCGACCUCGACUUUGCUUUCCAACUCCAAAUGCUAGAAGCCGUUACCGCUUCUCUUUCUCUUCAUCACGAAUCCACUUCCCAAGACGUCACCGUAUUGCCUGCUUCCGAAAUGGUUGUCGACUACUUAACUCUCAUGCUCGAAGACAUAGACAGGUUCGAGAUGGAACGUAAGGACAUGGAAGAGAGCGAGGAAGAGAUGAGAAAACUUAGGAACGAUCUCAACCGUUCGAUUCAUGAUCAAAACUUUGCUAGGUACAUCAUGAAUGUCCCCGAAGAAGAAUGGAGGAACUACGGAGACAACUACGAAAGACCAUAUGAUGGAAAUGUUGAAACCGGUGGCGUUUCAAGUGAGGUUUUUAGAGUUUAUGUUAAAGGGUUGGUAAGUGAAGAGAGGGUAAGGGAGAUGAAAGUUACAGUGGGGGGUGUUGGAGUUGCCAUCUGUGAUUUCAGAAAUAAUUUGGUUUUGGAAGUGAGGAAAAGGUUGGAGGGGGCGGAAUUCAUGAGUAGUGAAAUGGCUGGAGUUGAGGCUGUGGUCCAUGGGCUUAAUGCGGCUUUGAGUGUGGACUUGAAAAGGGUUACUGUUUUUGUUGAUGAUUUCUUGGUUUAUCAAUAUCUUACAAGCAGAUUGCAACCAAGACACAGCAAGAUGGGGACAAUAGUUAAUGAGGUGGCUCUUCUACAAAAGAAAUUUACUUAUUGCCAAACAUCCCUUGUGACACGUAAUGAUAUGAAAUUUGUGUUCAAGCUUGCAAGAGAUGCUAUAGUCUCUCAAAUUGCAUGGCCUGCAGAAACUAGCAAUGGCAGGGGUUUGAAGGAGACUUGUGUGAUAUGUUUUGAAGAUAUUGAUGCUACCCAGAUGUUUUCGGUUGAUGGUUGCUUUCACAGGUAUUGCUUUCCUUGUAUGAAGCAGCAUGUAGAAGUCAAAUUGCUAAAUGCAAUGGUGGCUAGUUGCCCACAUGAAGGCUGUAAUUCUGAGGUGACUAUUGAUAGCUGUGGAAAAUUCCUGGAUCCUAAAUUAGUUGAGAUCAUUAGCAAUCGCAAGAAGGAGGCUUCUGUUGCUGCUUCAGAGAAAGUUUAUUGUGCAUUUCCAAGGUGUUCUGCAUUAAUGUCAAAAAAUGAGGUCUUACAAUAUACUAAAACUGUAUGUCUUGGUGCUGAACACUCUGGAGCCAGAAAAUGUGUGAAAUGCCAUCGCUUUUUCUGUAUCAAUUGCAAGGUUCCCUGGCACUAUGAUAUGACCUGCUAUGAUUACAAAAGAUCAAAUCCUCAUUCCACUAAAGAAGAUGCAAUGCUUAAGUCUCUUGCUACUGAAAAACUAUGGCGACAGUGUAUAAAGUGCAAAAAUAUGGUUGAACUUGCUGAAGGGUGCUAUCACAUCACUUGCAGAUGUGGAUUUGAGUUUUGCUACACUUGUGGAGCUCAGUGGCAUAACAAGAAACCAACAUGUUCAUGUCCAAUCUGGGAUGAGCGAAAUAUUAUACGUGAUCCACGAAGGAGGCAAUGAUCUGCAGUACAAUAAUAUGAAGACAAUGAACUCUAACUGAAGAAUUUAGGCAAUUUACUUCCAUGAAUUCCUGCUUUCCCUUUUCUUGCUCUGCUUCUCCGUUUUCUCAAAACUAAAUAUUUGGGGUUUAAGGUUUUUGUUUCAUUGAGGGUGCACUGGAUAAGUUUAUGGGAAUUUGAUAAGAAUUUUAUUUUGUGGAUUUUAACUAGAAAUUUGCUUGCAAGGUUAGGCUUACAUUGUUAUUUUUUAAAAAUUUUGGCAUUUAGUUGCCAUUUUCUUGCCAAGGUAUUGCAUAUUGCCAGACCCUUUGAUGAAAGGUCCCUUUGGGGAAUUGCAUAGAACUGUUCAGGCACAAAACAUUGCAUGGGGAUUGGUAGCAAGCUUGCAACCUUUGGCAUGUCAGCUUUGUAACAAGUAAUGUAUGUUGCACACCCUUUCAAUUUGUAUGGAGGUUACUGCUCAAAAACGCACACACUUUCUCCUUUUCCCCUUCCUCUUCUGGCAUGGAACAAAGAGGUUGCUUUUUG